UUGCUCGCCCUCGCGGGGAGCGGGGUUUAAAAGCCGGGAGCCGGGGGAAGGGGCUCAGAGGCGGAGGCAGGGCCGGAGCGCGCUUGGCACAGGACUGGACGAGACGGGACGGGCGGCGAGGGGAGCGGCGGGGGCGGGCGGCCACGCACCCACCCACCCCGCGGCGAUGUCCGACGUGCACCUUUCGGGUGCGGCGGCGGCUCCGGAGCGCCUGGCGGCCCUGCGAGCGCUGCCCGUGCCCGGCCGCAGCGCGGUCUGCAGGAGCUUAUUCGGGCCGGUGGACCACGAGGAGCUGGGCCGGGAGCUGCGGAGCCGCCUGCGGGAGAUGGGCGAGGACGACCAGCGCCGCUGGGACUACAACUUCCACACCGACACGCCGCUGCCCGGGCCCGGCCGACUGCGCUGGGAGGAGGUGGAGGGCGGCACCGUGCCCGCAUUCUACCGGGAGACGCUGCAGGUGGGCCGGCACCGCGUUCCCCUACGCCGUGCACCCCCGGCCCCGCCGUCCAUCGCCAAUAUCGCUGCCGCCAAAGCUCCGGGGGGGGGCGGGGGCGCGCCUGAGCCGGGAGAACCGCGCCGCGCCCCGCCGACGUGCGCUACGGCCCCGACGGAGCGGCCCCACGACCCGUAUCACAGAUUUCUUCGCCAGGAGGAAAAGGCCGGCCGAGCCCAAAGCGGCGGCCGAGCGCCCCGCGGGCUGCCCGCAGCCCCCCGCCGCCGUGCCGGCUGAGCACACCCCCCGCAAGCGGCUCCGCUGAGCCAGCAUUUUGCACUACGGCACCCACGGGAGAGGCGCGCAGCCCGCAGGCGCCGUGCCCCGGAGUUGCGGGCAGCCGGGACCCCCCCGCACCGCGCCCGGCCCGGGACCCGCAGCGCCGCCGGAGCGGGGACGGAGCCGCAGCCGCAGCGCCCGCCCGCCGGGAGCGGCUGCGCACGGAGCAGUGUUAACGUACGAGUGUGCAAUGUGUGACGUUGUGUACAGAAAUGUAUUAUGCCUAAUGUGAGUACACUGGCCAGAAGUGUAAAGCUUUAAAGGAGGGGAGAAAAAAAAAAAGUCAUUUAUAUGGAAAUGUUUAA